GCUCCCGGGGCGCGGCGGCGGCACUCGGCAGCGGCCCCGGGCCCUGCUGCCCCCUCGGGCGCCCCGAGAGCAGGUUUGACUGUAGGUACUGAAGCGGAGAUCGACGGCGCAUAAAGAUGCUGAAGGGUGUUUGGUUGCUCAGUUUGUUAACAGUGGCUGGGAUCUCGCAGACAGAGAGCCGCAAACCUGCCAAAGACAUUUGCAGUAAGAGCCGCUGCCCUUGUGAGGAGAAGGAGAAUGUGCUGAACAUUAAUUGUGAAAACAAAGGAUUUACAACCGUGAGCCUCCUCCUGCCACCACCAUCCAAGAUCUACCAGCUGUUUCUCAACGGGAACGCGCUGACCCGCCUGUUCCCCAAUGAGUUCGUCAACUAUUCCAAUGCUGUGACCCUCCACUUGGGCAACAACGACAUGCAGGAGAUCCGCACAGGGGCCUUCAGCGGCCUCCGUACCCUCAAGAGGCUGCACCUCAAUAACAACAAGCUGGAAGUGUUGAAGGAGGACACAUUCCUGGGUUUGGAGAGUCUGGAAUACCUGCAGGCUGAUUACAACUACAUCAGUGCCAUUGAGGCGGGGGCCUUCAGCAAGCUAAACAAGCUCAAGGUGCUGAUUCUUAAUGACAACCUCCUGCUGUCCCUGCCUAGCAACGUCUUCCGCUUCGUGCUCCUCACUCACCUGGACCUGCGGGGGAACCGGCUGAAGAUGAUGCCUUUUGCUGGUGUACUGGAGCAUAUUGGAGGCAUCAUGGAAAUCCAGCUGGAGGAAAACCCUUGGAACUGCACCUGCGACUUGCUGCCGCUCAAGGCCUGGCUAGACACCAUCACCGUGUUUGUGGGUGAGAUAGUCUGCGAAACCCCCUUCAGGCUUCAUGGGAAAGAUGUGACCCAGCUCACCAGGCAAGAUCUCUGCCCUAGGAAAAGCUCCAGUGAUUCAAACCAGAGGGAAAAACACCCUGUUCUCUCAGACCCACACGUCUCGAGGUUAUCGCCCACAGCCAACUCUGCCAUCAAUCCCACCAGAGCCCCAAAAGCCAGCCGGCCACCCAAAACUAGGAACCGCCCCACACCCCGUGUCACUGUGUCAAAAGACAGACAAAUAUUCGGACCUAUCAUGGUUUACCAGACAAAGUCUCCUGUGCCCAUCACCUGCCCAGCUGGCUGCAUCUGUACUUCGCAGAGCUCAGACAAUGGCUUAAACGUGAACUGCCAAGAGAAAAAGAUAAGUAACAUCUCUGAUCUCCACCCUAAGCCGACCAGUCCAAAGAAACUUUACCUUACCAGUAACUAUCUGCAAGUCAUUUACAGAACCGAUCUCACAGAAUACAGCUCUCUGGAUUUGUUACAUCUAGGAAAUAACAGAAUUGCAGUGAUACAAGAAGGUGCCUUUACAAACCUCACAAGUUUACGUAGACUUUAUCUUAAUGGCAACUACCUUGAGAUUCUGUACCCAUCUAUGUUCAAGGGGCUGCACAGCCUGCAAUAUCUCUACCUAGAGUACAAUGUCAUUAAGGAGAUCUUGCCACGCACCUUUGAUGCUCUGAGUAACCUUCAUCUGUUAUUCCUCAAUAACAACCUCCUCAGAUCCUUGCCUGACAAUGUCUUCAGUGGCACUUCUCUCACCAGACUCAACCUUAGAAACAAUCAUUUCUCACACCUGCCUGUGCGAGGAGUCUUGGACCAGCUCUCGGCUCUAAUUCAGAUAGACCUUCAGGAGAACCCUUGGGACUGCACGUGUGACAUCCUGGGGCUGAGGAACUGGAUCGAGAAAGUCACUGACCAGAACAACCAGCAGUCAAAUCCCCCGGUAGUUAUCAAUGAAGUCAUAUGUGAGUCUCCCACCAAGCACUCUGGAGAGCAUCUGAAAUUCCUGAGCAAAGAAGCCAUCUGCCCAGAGAACCCCAACUUAUCGGAUUCUUCUCUCCCCUCCGUGAACCAGAACACAGAUACACCCCAUCUCCUUGGUGUCUCUCCCAGCUCCUACCCAGAAAUACACACCGAAGUUCCGCUGUCUGUCUUAAUUUUAGGCUUGCUGGUUGUGUUUAUUUUGUCAGUCUGCUUUGGGGCAGGCCUGUUUGUCUUUGUCCUUAAGCGCCGGAAGGGGGUGCAAAGCAUGCCUAGCAGCGCAAACAACUUAGAUAUAAGCUCAUUUCAGCUCCAGUAUGGGUCUUACAACACUGAAAGCCACGAUAAAACUGAAGGACAUGUUUAUAACUACAUUCCUCCUCCUGUUGGACAGAUGUGCCAAAACCCGAUCUACAUGCAAAAGGAAGGGGAUCCAGUUGCCUAUUACAGGAAUCUCCAUGAGUUUAGCUAUAGCAGUCUUGACCACAAAAAGGAAGACCCCACCAGUCUUGCAUUUACAAUCAGUGCAGCUGACUUGCUGGAAAAGCAAUCCUCACCAAGAGAGCCAGAGCUUCUGUAUCAAAAUAUUGCAGAAAGGGUCAAGGAACUCCCCGCUGGAGGAUUAGUUCAUUAUAACUUUUGCACCUUACCCAAAAGGCAGUUUGCCCCUUCAUAUGAAUCAAGACGCCAAAACCAGGACAGGAUAAAUAAAACUGUUUUAUAUGGAACUCCCAGGAAAUAUUUUGCAGAACAGUCUAAACCCGAGCAUCCUUUACUCCAAGGAAAGCUACAAACAGAACCAGACUACCUCGAAGUUCUGGAAAAACAAACUGCAAUCAGUCAGCUGUGAGGGGGGAGGUGGGAGGCAAAGGAAACGUUUUCAAUGAGCUCAGAGUCACAUUUGACGGAGGCUGAACUCAGUGCUGAUGUCAUCUGUCACGUUCCCAACAUUCCCACUUUUUAAAUCAAGAGAGGGAGCGAGAGAGAAAUGGAACCCUUACGGCAUAGCAGGGAUCUGGUGUUGCUUUUGCAACUUUCCCUUUAAGUUAUUUCUGUCUCUCUCUCCAUUUGACCCUU